ACUAUAGAUUUAGGAGGUGUGUGUAUGUGUGUGUGUGCGCGCGCGCACGUUGUGCGUCUAGAAAGAUUUGAUUAAGGUGGUCCCCCUGUCAGGAACCAAUUCAUUUAUCGGAGAGUAACCAGUUAAAGGGAGGGAGGACCGAGAGAAGUCAGUGGCGGCUCUGAAGAGCUGUCACUUUCUGUGUGUAUAGACUGUAGCCUGCGUGUGCGUGUGUGUGCGGAGAGGGAUUAUCAGUACGCGCGUUAUGCUGAGAGCAGUUUUGGUGAGGCGUUCAGUCGGGAGAAGUGCACCGGGGAGCAGUGAGUGUCAAGCCGGACAUUCAGCGUCAUAUUCAGAGCAGUAGCAGGAGAAGGGGAUCCGGCAGGUUUUAGGGCACCGUGACUGCAUCACAGGAUUUUGACUUAUUGUGUGUUUUAUUUAUUUUUGAUCAAUGCUCCUUUCGUGGUGCAGAGUGAAAGUCAAAGAUGCGCACCACUAAACAAAGGAUUUAGGGGGAAAAACCAUCAAGAAUCUCCUCCACAUUUGAAUGCUGACACCCCCGGUGUUUUUCGUCCAUGCCAAUUCUGCCUCCGAAGACAACAGACACGGGUUGAAUAAUCGGGUCCCUCUGGUUUAAGCGCUGGAGCAGGAGGAAUCAUCUGGGUUGAUCGCGUACGAGCCCAUGUGGAUGGAGAGAGAAUACGCAACCACAGAGAGCGGAGCUCGUUCCGAAAUGUGAAAUUUUACCUCUCGCUGUCUCGCAUCAAACCUAAAAACGGUGCUUCUGCCUUCGUCUUGGAUCGGAUUUGUUUUCAUCAAUUAAGGGAUGGCGUUCCUCCCGGUCCUCCUGCUGCUGCUGACUGUCUCUUAUCGUGCCACCGGAUUCUCUGAGGCCUCUGAACCUCUCCCACGAGGCUGCGGCUGGGGCCUUGUCCGUCCCUACACCCUCCUCUGUGACCUGGAUUCCAUUUGGGGUGUGGCUGUAGAGUCGGUGGCUGCCGGUGGGGUGCUGACUGCUAUCUUUCUGGGCUUAAUCCUGCUGUGCCGCUUACACCACAUAAGUGAAGCUGAGAAGCGCAGCGGCGUGGGACCCAUCCUCCUGCUGCUCCUCGGCAUCAUUGGCUUGUUCGGCCUGAGCUUUGCUUACCUGAUUGAGCAGGAUGAGUCUUUAUGUUUGCUCCGUAGGGCCCUGUGGGGUCUCCUGUUUGCCAUCUGCUUUUCCUGCUUGUUGGUGCAGGGCGUGCGCCUGCGCAGGAUUGGCCGUGAGCGCCGGAGCCCUGGUGGCUGUGCCCUUACAGGCCUCGCGCUGGGUUUGAGUGCGGUGCAGGGUAUCAUCGCCGCAGAGUGGCUACUUCUCACCGUGCUGAGGGAGGGACGUGCUGCCUGUCAGUACCUGCCACUGGACUUCUCACUAGCCUGCAGCUACGUGCUAGCCCUCCUACUAGCCGCUCUGACUGCUGCCUCUCUGGCCCUGUGCGGGAAGACACAUCAGUGGCGCUGCAAUGCCAUCUGGCUGCUGGUGACCUGCCUGCUGUCGCUGCUGCUGUGGGUGGCCUGGGUGGGCUUCUAUCUGUACGGCAAUGCCUGGCUGGGGAGGUCCCCGGACUGGAAUGACCCAGCACUGGCCAUUGCUUUAGUGGCUCAGGGCUGGCUGCUACUUAUCUUCCAUGCCAUUCCUGAAUCCCACAUCUGCCUGAGACCCCCUCCGCAGCCCACUGCCCCAGAUUACUUUGACACCUCCCAGAACUCGACACGGAUGAGGGAGACCAGCUUUGACGAAGACAUCCCUCUCUCUCACAGGCAGUUUGUGGAGAACCAGGGCUACGGAUACAACGAUGAGAACACAGCAGGCUUGAGGAGCGGUGGUGGUGCUGGGCAACAUAACAGCAACACCGCCGCCAGACCCAGCGCUCCUUUCCGCAGCAAUGUCUACCAACCCACCGAGAUGACCAUGAUCCUGAACGGGGGAGCGGUGAGUACAGCCUCCCAGUCACAGGUUCCCUCUGCCCCUCCAACCUACACUGGGAGGCAGCUGUGGUGAGUAAGAGGAUUGGAAAGAAGAUGUGUGGUAGAAAAUGAAGAAGAGGAUGGAGAGGGUGAGGAGGAAGGGAUCCGGGAUGAGGGGCCUGCCUUGUUGAAUUGGACUUAAAACAUGGAUGUCAACAGGGCCCUUCAACUCUGUGUACAGACUUAAACACUGACUGUGUGCCAAUCAACUAUUGUAUGAGUGUGUGUGAGACAGAGAGAGUAGGGUAUGGAGGACAGAGCUAAAGCUCUUCUAGCUCACAAAUCUCAAUAGAAGGGUUCAAAAACUCAAAAUGUGACCAGCAAGUAGCAAAACAAAACGCACGCUGAAACAAUGCGAAAAUGUCAACAUGCAGUAUUCUUUUCCUUUGAUUUGCUCCCUGAGACUAUACAGCACUGUUAGCAUCCUUGAAAAACUGUGAAAUCUAUAGCCUUGUCCUGCUCCAUCUCUCUUCCUGUUAGUCAGGAUGUCUUUUCUGCUGCUCCUCACAAUGGUGGCGCUCACGUGGGAACAUUUGGCUCUGUCCUCCAUCCAUCCACAGCGUAGGUGAAGACAGAGCACAUGGGCAACUGUACAGCUCGAGCACCGCCCGCUUAAAAAAAUCCAGCCUCUGUGGGUGUGUAUGUAGAGUAUAUGAGAGGAAAGAAAGAGUGUGUGUAUUCCCUACAUCUCAACUUUACUACUCCGAUAAACCUCUUCCCUCCAGACUGUUACCCAUCCAUGAAAACUUCUUCCUCCCUGUCUAUCUCCGUUUCCAGUAUUACUGCACCGUUUGUGAAUAAAACACAUAACUCUCCUCACCUUGCCUCAUCCUCCCACCUGCAUGGACACUUGUGUGAAACAAACUGUGAAGCCCGAACUGUGGUCGGUAAAGAAGUUCUCAGUGAUCAAGCAAUGCAGCAAAAGCAGCCUGGAGCACCUGAGCAGAGGGAUCGCAAGCUGCUAAUGACCUGCUGUUAGAUACAAUGGAGUGAAGUGGAUUCUGAUUGGACAUGGAGGCGUCAGUCAUUGGUGGGGCGGCACCACUCCAUGAAUCUAGGUCAGACUGCUGUGUGCUGCUCUCCCACAUCUCCGGUGGCCACUGGCGUUUUAAACAAGCAAGGAGAAACUGUCACUUUAUAUCAGCAGGAAACGGAGCGAGGAAAUGAAACGUUCUCCUGUACUCAGCUCUUCUAUCUGUGUUCAUGUGUGUGUACUUGUGUUUUUAUGAGUGUCUGAGGUUGAUGGGGGGAAAUUCAAAAGUCAAGGUUGCUUUCUGGUGCUAAAUAUUCCUCCACACAACUUCCCAGUGCAUCACAGAACCCCAGGAACAACACGGAUACAGAUACAGUGGUCAAGCCUGUGAGUGACAGGCUAUAGAUAGAGCUGUGGCUGGUGUGUGGAGAUAUCCUAGAGCCUUAGAAAGAUCAGAUUUACAGUGCAAGGUAGAGAGAGGGAGAUCAAAUGUAAUUGGAGGAAUAAGGGCAUAGGAGCAAGCGAGGAGGAAGGAGAUAGCGAGUGACGGUCCGAGGGGAGUCUAAUAUGUGACAGUCCGUGAUCUGUGUGAGAAUAUGGCUCCCUGGUCUGUCUGUGUACGUGAUGUGCAGGCAGCCAUGCUGCUCUGUCUGUUGUCUUCUUUAUCUGGUGAAGCGUCUCUCCCUCCUCCUCCUGCCUCCCAGAGGUCGGCUAUACUUCAAGUGUAGCCAUGUGCCAAGAAGGACUCUUGUUUCACUGGAGUCCCUAUUUCACGCCCUUUCCCUUCAUCACGACACCAGCUCUCUCUCACGCACCCAAGAAGCUGUGUACAUAGUAGUGCUGUAAAGCUUUGCUUGCUUGUUUACUUCUUUUUUUUUUUAAGCCUAAAUUUAGAGAUUAUGUGUCAUAUGACCCACUGGAGAGCUGACUACUGCAAACUAUAUAUAUAUAUAUAUAUAUAUAUAUAUAUAUAUAUAUAUAUAUAUAUUUCUUUUCUUUUUUUACUGGUUUGCUUUGUUGUUCAUAUGUUUGCUUGUUGCUACAUUAUGCUUUUGUUUCUCUCUUGCUGGUGUCUUUUAUUUUUUACUAGUAUUUUGGAAAUUAUUUUGCCAACACUAGAUAUGCUUUUAUUUUUUUUGUUUAAUUCAUUUUCAAGUAAAUGAUAUACAUUGUCAUUUAAAGGGAUUUACGUCGGUUGUACCUCCCACGCAGUAUUUCUCAGUCAAGAAAGUGGUCCUCUCUUUGCUGUAACAGUUACAGGGAUACAAACAUACUUACUUUUUCAGAAAAAAUGACAAUGGCUGUGAAUACUUUUGGCACUUCAUGCAGUAAACAAUAAUGUAUACUGAGAUAAUAAAAAAAAAAAACAGAACCCCCCCCCCCCCCCCCCCCCCCCAACAGUCACUUUGGUGACCCCUGGUCUUACAUCAACUCUCAACUGAGAAAAGCCAAAGCGUCAAUGACUGCUGCUGUAUGUUUAUGUCACUGGCUAUUUUAAAAUAGGACCGGUACCAGCAGGCCAGCUCAGUGCCCAAAGAGAGCGUGUCCUGCUACGUCAGGCUCUGUUUAGGCAAACCCUGGUCAGAAACAGGCUACGGGCCUCCAGAGCCGUGCGUUGUAGCCCAUGAAGAAGAACUGUCCUCGGGGUUUUGGAUGGUCAGCAGUAAUGAGACAAACUCUCAACACUCAGAGCAAAGGGGGGAGGUUUCAGUUCUUGCAAAGUUUUCACUUAAUGUGGAGUACAAAAAAAAAACAAAAAAACAAUAACAAUGUGACUUUGUAGAUUUUGCACUCGUCGACUACCUAUCUGUGCAUGCUUAUCACCAUUUCUACAUGUAAGACCUUUCUCAGACGUACUUUUGAAUACUAACUAUUUAUGUAAAGGUCGUGUGACAACAAUCAUAACUUCAGUGUAUAUCAGAUGACACACUUAAUGUCUGUGCUUUCUUAAACACAAAAAGAGAGCUGGCUCUUGAGAAGCAAAGAGAUUAAAGUUGGGGGAGCAUGGUCCAAAAUAGAAUGAUUCCCCAAAAAGGAACAAAAUGCCAUCAUCACUGGACCUAAUAAUAACUUCCUUUGUUAGUUCGAAGACUCAAGAAAAAAAAAAGAAGAGAAUCUUCUGACUGAUUUCGUCUCUGUGUUUGAAAUCAAAUAGACUGUGGUGAAAUUUGCACAAAACGUCUAUAUGUUAAGUUUGUCAUCCCUGGGCAGCCCACUGAACACCCAUCCUCCCCGGGGUUGACAUUUCCUUGCCUGUCCUCUCCUGAGUUGUCUUGCCUUCAGACUGUUCCGGCGGGGCAGCUGACAGGGGUGAUAUUGGUUUUCACAGCUGUGACUGUGCAGUGACGCAGCAUGCCUAUGUAAAGAACUUGAUCCCCUGAUUAGAAAAAUUAAAAAAAACAGGUAACUCUUGUUUCUGUAAAUGAAUCAGGAAAAAAUAAGGUAAAUAAAAGUGUAAUGUUUGUAGUUAACUUUUAA